AUGGGUAAGCUUAUUUACUUAGCCCAUUCUUAUCUUGAUAUUGCUAUUGUCAUUAGUGUGGUUAGCCAGUUUAUGCAUGCUCCUCAUGAAAUACACUUGGCUGCAGUUAUGAGAAUUUUGAAAUACUUGAAAUCUUCUCCUCGAAAAGGUCUUUAUUUUUCCAAGCAUGAUCAUCUUGGUGUGGAAGCUUAUACGGAUGUUGAUUGGAAAAGACAUUUCAUCAUAGGUGUUCAAGAUGCUUAUUGGGAAGUGCUUGACAAGGGAAUGAUCACGCAAACUACUGCAAAUACCUUGAUGCAAUCUGUGGAUGAAGCAAUUGACUUGGUAUCUCAUAGGCCCUUGUGCGAUUGGAAAGGUUUAAAAGCACAGGUGCAUUUCCCAAAUUAUUACAAGUUUCUUCAAUCAAGCAUUUGUCUACCAAAGCUGGUUACAUAUUUCACUGUGGAAAGGUUGGAAUCUGCCUGUUGCAUUUCUGCUGCAUUUCUCCAAGCCCAUAGAAUCGUACGACGGCAAGUACAUGACUUCAUUUGUGAUAGUGGCAUUGCAACUAAUGUCAUUAAAGAAAGUGAAGCUAAAGGAGAGGAAGCAAGAAAAUUCUUGGAAGAUGUUCCUGCUACAUUUCCUCAGAUACAUUUUCCGGUUCUUCAUUAUAUGAAAACAAGGCAAGUAACACAUUGUGUGCUUAAUCAAUUAAUUGAUUAUGUCAAAAAUCUUGAGAAUAUGAGGUUAUUGGAAGAAAAAAAGACAACUCAUCUUCAUGAUGCUGUCCAGACCAAUUUUAAAAGGCUACUAAGGAACCCUCCUUUAGCGAAGAUUCCAAGCAGUGUCCAUCGUUUCUUGGUAGAUCUUCCUUAUUCUGUCCAUGAGCAACUUGCAGGUUCUCCCAAAGAGAUAAUGAAACUAUGUGGUGUGACACUAUUUAAGGAGGGUUCGAAGCUUGAUGGAAUUUGGCUCAUUUUAAAUGAUGUGGUGAAGUGGGCAAGUAAUAGUAUAAAAAAUAAGCACUUAUUACAUCCAACAUUUACCCAUGGAAGUACUCUUGGCAUGUAUGAAGUGUUGAUUGGCAAGCUGUGCGUAUGUGACAUGAUCACAAAUUCUAUGGUACUGAGUUACUUCAUUGAAGUUGAAAAGAUAUGUACAGUGCUCAAAUCUAAUUCAGCAGCAGAGGAUAUCUUUUGGCAGGAAAGAGCAGCUAUUCUUGCCAAACUUCUACUUCCUCAAUGUUUUGAGAAAAUGGCCACGCAAGACAUGAGAACCCUUGUUGCAGAAAGGUCAAUAAUGAGUAUAUGCUUACAGGGAGAAACUAUAGAAAUACCUCAACAUUCCAUUGGCCUUCUAUUAGAAGGAUUCGUAAAAACACAAGUUAUCCAAGAAGAAUUGAUUACAUAUCUUGCAGCACUAUUUCCUUCAUAUGGGGAUCUAAACUUCCUAGGAUCAGAAACAUUAGGUACUAGGCAAGCCAGUUUUUCUCAUCAAGCAUCCCAGUAUCACUUUGAAUCGAGUGCAAGAGUAAUAUUAUUUGACAUCGUUGCAUUUGAAGCCCAUAAGAGUCUCCAGAGAGGGUCGUCUUCAGUGGUGUCACAUUCAGUUGAUCACCCCUCUAGAUUCCUAAGUCAAGAAUAUUGUGGUCUUAUGAAUUGGCCUGAGCAUUUCUUCAAUCCAAGGCAACAAGUGAACAUGUCUGCUAAGGCAUUGCAACUGAACAACUUUGAAAGAAUGGUAUGUUCAAUUUAUCUUUUCUUUACUUUACUUUAA